UUUGACUCGCACGGUAUAGCCAUGACAGGGGUCGAGACGACACCCGGUGUCGUGUUAAAACACACAGAAACUCGACUGAGUGGUGUUGCCUCCCCUGACGACUGAGGCCUAUAGGAGCAGCACUAGAGAACAGGCGCCCCGAGGAUCGGCUCCGCGUCAACUGAAAUGAAAGGUAAAGAGCGGUCGCCGAUUAAAAAGCGCUCUCGGGCCUUGGACGAUAUUCGAGACAGGGGAGGAUGCCACCCGACCAGCAAGAAAAUGGGGGCUCUGUCCGUUUCCACCGGCAGCAAUAAUGGAAACAGCUCGACCAAGAGCGACGGCGGCUCGACGAGAAGGAGUCUGCUCGGCGAGAAGCGGGAGCGGGACUUCGACAGCCACAGUCGGACUGGAAAUAACCACAGUUGUCAGUCCGCCGCCGCCGCCGCCGCCGCCGGCUCGCUCGGUAAGAACCACAGCCUGAGCCUGACGCUGGACUUGGCCGCGCCGAGGACCACGUCGCGGGCGGAGCCGCGCGUCCAGCCGCCGGGCGCGGAGAGUGAGUACAAAACCCUGAAAAUCAGCGACCUGGGCACGCAGCUGAGCGACGAGGACAUAGAGGACGGACUCUUCCACGAGUUCAAGAAAUUCGGCGACGUGAGCGUCAAGAUCAGCCGCAGCAACGACGAGCGGAUCGCCUUCGUGAAUUUCCGGAAGCCGGAGGACGCUCGGGCCGCGAAGCACGCGAGGGGGCGGCUGGUGCUGUACGACCGGCCGCUGAAAAUCGAAGCGGUGUACAUCAACAGGAGGCGCAGCCGCUCCCCCGUGGAGAGAGACUUGUACGGAGCGACACCGAGCCACAGACACUUGCAGAGACCCCUGUCGCCCACGGGGCUCGGGUACAGGGACUACCGGCUGCAGCAGUUGGCCCUGGGUCGGCUGCCCCCGCCGCCGCCGCCCCCUUUGCCCAGAGAGCUGGAGCGGGACCGGGAGUUCGCCCUGUUCGAGGCCCGGGCGCGUCCCGCUUUCAUCGCGGAGCGAGCCGCUUUCCGCGAGGAGGAUUUUAUAUCUCCGGAAGACGACCAAAGAGCCAACAGGACGCUGUUUCUAGGCAACCUGGACAUAACGGUCACGGAGGCCGACCUGAGGAGAGCCUUCGACAGGUUCGGGGUUAUCACAGAAGUGGACAUCAAGAGACCCACACGGGGACAAACCAGCACGUACGGAUUUCUGAAAUUUGAAAACCUGGACAUGGCCCACCGCGCCAAGCUGAGUAUGUCUGGCAAAAUUGUGGGACGCAACCCCAUAAAGAUUGGCUAUGGGAAAGCAACGCCCACCACGCGCCUGUGGGUGGGCGGACUUGGGCCCUGGGUUCCCCUAGCCGCCCUGGCAAGAGAGUUUGAUCGUUUUGGCACGAUAAGGACCAUUGACUACAGGAAGGGGGACACCUGGGCCUACAUUCAGUACGAAAGUUUGGAUGCUGCGCAGGCGGCGUGCACACACAUGAGGGGCUUUCCGUUGGGAGGCCCCGAGAGAAGACUCAGAGUGGACUUUGCUGACACUGAGCAUCGUUACCAGCAGCAGUUCCUGCAGCCUCUCCCAAUACCACCUUUUGACAUGGUGGCGGAGUCAUUUGUCCACCGUGCCACACCUGAACCACUGAGGGUCAGGGAACGGACUCCCCCGCCCCUUCACUUCAGGGAGAGAGAGCUCUUUCCCGGAACAGAGUGGCCCAACCCGGCUAUUCGCGAACGGGUACGCGCCUCACCUUUCGAGCCUCUGGAGCACUUGGAGCGUGAGCGGCGGGCGCGGGAGCCCUGGUCUUUGGAGCGAGAGCUGCAGGGACGAGAGCCUGUACGCAAACGGCGUGUAAUGGAGGACGGGCGCCAUAUAGAACAUUCCCCUGACAGCACUGAGAGGACAGUAAGGCGCAGGCGCGCUUCUCCAGAUGGCAGUCCUGGGGGCAGCAGCAGGGAUGGAGGCCGCUUCAGUGACUCAGAGCGCCCUGUGCGGGGCGAGAAACCCUCCCCAGCCAGAGAACGUCACAGCAGCCUGGAAAGAGGCGGGGCUGAACGGAGACUCAAAAGCCAGAGUCUCUCUGACAAAGCACCUUCAGGCAGCAGCGUUUCAGCAGUUGGAGAACGUAAGCGCAAAGCAGGCGAUGGAAGUAAAGGGCCCGCCAAGAGAGAACGUUCUGAGGGCGGUUCCAAGGGAGGCCAGCUGUCCAAGCUGGACGGCACCAGACUCAGUUUGGCCUGGCAAGGUAUGCUGCUGCUGAAGAACAGCAAUUUUCCAGCCAACAUGCACCUGCUGGAGGGCGACCACAAUGUCGCCAGUGACCUGCUCGUCGACGGCACAACGGGGAGGCAGGUGAGCGAGCUAAAGAUCACCCAGCGUCUCCGCCUGGACCAGCCCAAGCUCGACGAGGUUUCCCGACGCAUCAAGGUGGCCGGUCCCGACGGCUACGCCAUCCUGCUGGCAGUUCCCGGGACCACGGAGGAUUCAUCGUCGGACCCCGCGGCAUCAACUCAGCGGCCUCUUCGGAACCUGGUGUCCUACCUCAACCAAAAACAAGCAGCAGGAGUCAUCAGCCUGCCCGUGGGAGGGAGCAGAGAUAAAGACAACACAGGGGUUCUUCAUGCUUUCCCUCCGUGUGAUUUCUCCCAGCAGUUCCUGGAUUCCUCUGCCAAAGCUCUGGCUAAAAGUGAGGAGGACUAUCUGGUCAUGAUUGUGGUUCGUGGAGCAUCUUAAAAAUCCGAACACACUAAGUUCAAGUCAUGUAAAAAAAAAAAAAAAAAAAUCUGCUGUAUGUCAGUAACUAUUGCAUGCUGUGUGUUCUGCAUUAUGGGGUGCACUAGUAUGGUUCUUGACUGUUUGUAUGUUCCCAUGUUAUCCACUUAAAGGAGAAAACUAGAAGGUUUUUUGAUUUUUGAAAUUAUUUUUAAAGGGUGUAUGAAUUGCUCACAAAGUCAUAAACCUGCAGUAAUUCAGUCAGAAUACUGUAAAACAUGAGCAUUGGAGGAAUACAUUUCAAAAACGUUUAUAAUAAUAUAAAUAAUAUAGAAAACUUUUGGUUCAUUUGCAAGUUUGAAAUAUUUGCUAUCCAGAUAUACCACGGGACAAGGAUUAAAAAGAUAAUAUAAAUAUCCGGAGUGGACACAGUAACACCGCCAUGAAGAUAAAUCUAAAAACAAUGGCCUCAAAAUCUAUUAUCAUAUUGAAUCCACAUCUUUCAGAGCUGAACAUUAACAAGCUUUGUUGAAAUCCUGGGCAAGUUUACUUCAUUGCCUGUACAGGCGUUGUUGUUGUGUCUACCUCCAACACAGGUACUUAACACCAGGGGAAUCAGAAGACAACAUUUUCAAAGCUUUGAAUUACAGGGCAAUUCUAUUUCUACUACAACCACGUUUUCAUUAAUUAAUACCAAGGUGAGCAUGAAAAUUUAGAGAUUUUGGUUUUCAGUGAAGCUGUAAAUGAUUUGGUCAUCUUUGCAUAAACACUCAUGUUUAACCAUUUGAUGGUAAAAACGUGGAUCACAGCUCUUCUUCGGUGCACCAAACUCCUCCCACCUAAAGUUUUUUCACAGUCUUGCCUUCAUCAGGUAACUCCCCUGAUGAAGGCAAGGUAGCUUGAUAAAUGUGGUAAUUGGAGGGCGGUGUGCAAAAGAAAUAUUGUGCUUUGUGUUUUAAUUUUCAUGGGCUUGGAUUGAAGCUCACCGGGUCCCUCUGUCCUCUAUUUUGAGGCCAUGCCUGAUAAAAUAUUUUUUUUAGAUAGCGCUCAUACAUUUCACUUACCUACAUUGUUAUCUGUGAUUUAAAAACAGUUUUUGUUGAGGUUCAUAGUUUGGAUCCGAGUGUAUUUAAAGUGUUGCUCAGUAUUGGCACACCAAAUUUCAGGAUAGACAAUGAACUUGGUGUGUCCCGUCCACUGGUCAAACCAAAUUGUCACGUCCACUCUGGAAUGCCGAAUACUAACAGAUGUGAGGUUUGCCCGGGGAACAGCCCAUAAUACAACACGCAUAGCAUAGUAAAGCAAAUACUAACAUGUUUCGGAUAUUUUUUACUUUAUAUUUCAUUUUGUGCAUCCCUACCUUAGAAAAAUGGUUGUGUAAUGUGAUCAAUGAAAAAACCCUACAGUAGAAAUGGAUGAAAAGCUUAGAGAAGUUUGUGUUGAUAUUUGACAGUCUGUUUCACUUAUUUCUCUGAAACUAGUAGGUCCUCCAACAAUAAUAAUAUUCAAUAUACUUAAAUGUUGGUAACAAGUAACAAAAAAACUGCCAUUUGUUCAGUAAGUAGGUCUGUGUAAUUUUAAAGUUUUAACGGCACCUGAACGGUUUAAAUUUGAAUUUGAAUUUUAGAGGUCUAAAUUUGACAAUAUUUUACUCUAUUUGACUGCCAACAUGUUCCAAAGGUCUACUUAACUUCUUUUCUUUUGCGUGUAUGUCCUGCAGUAGUAAUCCACCCUGAAUUAUGAUUUGCUGAGUUUGGUUUAACAUGUGUUGAAAAAUGUUCAUAUGUGGGAAAGUUGUUAUGUGUCAACAUCGCACCCACUGCAACGUUGGACUCCCGAGGAGACAAGUGCAGAGCUCAAAACCUCUGCAGAGAAGGCAACAUAGUGUUUGUGAGUCCUCACUGAUGAGGCAGCUUUUAAGUUGUGUAGCCCACCUGCACCUAUGAUGACUUCUGUUUAAAAUGGAAAAUUGAGCAAUGUACACUUUGAUGUCAUGGAAAAAGGAUAAUCCAUAGAGCCCACGAGAAGCUGUUCACAUGCCUGAAAGUGCGGUUGGGCACUUAAUGUGACCGAUUAUCAAUAAAUUGUUCAUUUGAAGGGAAA